AUGGUGAAGAUAAUCGCGCGGACACCUCGCUGGCUGUCCCGCCCCUCUCCCGGCCACCAACUGUUCCAACACAAUGGUCGCUCCAAAGCACCGCAAACGCCUGGUCUUCGCCCAGAAGGAUCACUGCGCAAGCUCGCCCACCGCGGCACAGAGAUCUUUAUCGCGGUGGGGAAUGAGCUGAGAUGGAGUGACUUGGCCUUACUGAAGCAUGCGGAUGACGAGGGGGAGGGUGGGGACGAUGUGGAGGACGAGACGGGACAGCUAUAUCGCCUGCUCAAGACGCCUGUCUCUCGCCCCAUACAGCAGCUGGUUGUCUCACCGAGUGGCGACUUCAUUGCGCUUGUCACAUCGCAUACAUGUCAUAUUGGGAUACUGCCGGCCUCGUCACAUCUAAACUCCGGCGACACCACACCACUACGUAUGAAGUGCUUCCAGGUCGGCCCAACGGCGCAUGUUCUAGAGCAGGCACCUAUCGUCUCCGCCGUCUGGCAUCCGCUGUCAUCAACGGGCAGUGGUCUGGUCACGGUCACCAAGGACGCCUGUGUGCGACUAUGGGAGCUGGAUCGCGACAACCGCUCCACCUUCGAUGAGCCAUCUUUGGCUGUGGACUUGAAGAAGCUCGCCAAUGCUGCCGAUACUCGAGCAGAUCUUAGCGCGAGCAAGUAUGGCGUGAGCAAUGGCUUCUCGCCAGAUGAUGUGGAGAUGCAGGUCGCGGCUGCUUGUUUUGGUGGACAAGGCACAGACGAGGAGCAUGGCUGGUCAAGCAUGACUUUGUGGGUGGCCAUGACAGAGGGUGAUGUGUACGCAUUAUGUCCGUUCUUGCCAAGCAAAUGGCGUGCGCCAGCCAGCAUGCUACCAAGUCUCAGCACAAGUGUGGUUUCGAGGAUGCGAGCUGCAAAUGCCGACAACGAGGCCACGGAAGCAGAGAGGAGAGUCGCGAAUCAGCAGACUACUUGGUUGGCAGAGCUCGAUGCUCAGGAUGCCAUGGUUCUCCCUGGUCCCAGCGAGUACGAGACGAUGGAGGUGUACAGUCGACCUGAAACGCCUGGCAUUUUGCCGAAGCUGCAAGGACCUUUCUACAUGACUACCGACAUCGAAAGUGGCGAGAUCACCGACAUCCAUGUCAUCGCACCAAAAAUCGACGAGGACGACAUGUACGAUGAGGAGGAUGAUGAUGUGCCGGCUGCAGAAGGGCUAAGCGUAGGCGUGGUCUGCUUAGCGACCAGCAACAGCAAAGUCCACAUCUGUCUCGACCUGGAUGGCGUGGAAGCUGAAUGGCUGCCUUCGAAGCGCUCGAGAGCUUUCACAUUCGACGAUGGGGAGAUCGGAAAUGAUCUCUUGUUAUUUGAGACACUGGAUCUGUCUACCGCCAACAUCGACCCUGACGGCUGUUCCACUUUCACCGCUUCACCCAAUGACCGUCAAGAAGUCUUUGUCACUACACCUGCCGGCGUUGUGCAUCUGGACUUCAAGCCGUGGACCACUCUCCUGGACGAUGAGUUUUGCGCUCCUUCACCCGAGGGCUUGAACUUUCGACUGCGAGUGCUUCUCGAUUCCGCUUCUACAACUCUCACAUCUCUUAUCGCAAUGCCCACAAACGCCGAGCGAGGUGUCAACACCGCCAUAGCUGUCUACGACCCGUUGAAUCUCGGCGGCGUAGCAGUCUUGACGAGCGCCAUGAACACACCCUCCCUCGCACUCCUCGACGUUCCACACGAGCAAGCCGCGCAUCCCUACGCACCCGACGAGGUAGCUGCUACUCUGCCCGCUCCGGAAUCACGGUCACCAUAUCAGCCCGCAGAAGCGUUCUACGCCACCUCCGCCCUUCCACAGUUAAUCAAAACCGCUCACGACAAACGCCUCCUAGGCUCAGACCUCAAAGGUCAAGUUCGCUACUCUUCUGCUACGCUACAAGUAAUGACAGAAGCCCAUCGUAUCCUCAGCGCAGAGACGCAUAAGCUGGGCUUAGCGGCCGCAGAUCUGUUCAGGAGAUGCGAACGUAUGCGGUCUGAAGUCCGGGAUCAAGUACGCCGUGUCAAUGAAAUCGCGGGCAAAGUCGAUGUGGUGGUCGGUGGCGAGAACGACGAGGGGCAGGACGAUACACAAGUCGCGCUCACAGGCGGCGUCACAGGUGGCAAGGCUAUGGAAGACCGUGUCCGUGCUUCCAGGAAUCGGACCACACAACUCAGAGAUAGGGUCGAGGUACUGAGGAAGAAGAUGGCGGGGUUGGGCGGCAAGGAGCUGAGUGUUAAGGAGAAAGGGUUUGCGGCUGAGGUGGAGAGGGUGUGGGAGAGUCUUGCUGCUGCGGGAUCCGCUUCGCAUGAUACGGGUUCUUCAACGAAGGUGGCCGGGGUGCAAGGUCCCGUAAGACCGCAGGCGCCGACUCGUCCGAGCAGGAUUCUGCAUAUGGAUAAUUCAUGGCAGGAUGCUGAGGAGCGGGAGCAGCAGCACGAGGAUCCCGAAGACGAAGGUCAUGAGCGCGUGCACAAGGAAGCUGGUACCCUGAUUGCACGAUUCGAGGCUGUACAGGAUCUACAGGAACGUUUGAAGGCGCAGGUCGAGGAGGUAAGCAGGAGAUCAGAGGAGGCACAAGCCGGUGCUGAGCAGGAAGUCAAUGCGAGCGCACAGGGUAAUGCUUUUAAGAUGCGGAAAUUGGAGGAAGUCAGGAUGUUGUUGGAGCGGGAAACGGCGUUAGUGGAGGGUGUGAGCGAGCGGUUGAGUAGGCUGGCUGCUGGAUGA